AUGAAGUCUGCUCAGCCUAAGCAUGACGACGUUGGGACACCGGUUUCCGAGAUUUCCUCGCUCUCUGCAGCACAAACCCCAAUCGACGAUGGAAAGCAUGUUGUCAUCUCCCCGGCGGAGAAGGCAGCUUACUUUCCUGACGAAAAGAUUUGUAUGCCCGUUGGCGAAGGCAUUGAAGUACAUCAAUCUGGUCCUAAUAAUGCUUCUCGACUCUUGCCUCCUCCAAUAUACGAAGUUGGUGAGCUCCCAGAACGACAAUACCGGCCGCCAUUCUGGAAGAGACACCUGCUGUGGAUAAUGGCCGGUGUAGUGAUACUGAUUAUCCUAAUUGGCAUCCUGGUAGGACUUGUUGUGGCUUCUCACAAUGGGAGAAGUGGUCAGAUGAAGCCAAUGGUCGUGAACAAUACGCGAAAUAGUGUUGCAAGCUCCGGGCUGUUCUUGAAAGAUGGGACUUGGAACAUGCAUAUAUUCUCCCAGAACACGACAGGCGGUAUUAGCUUGCAAGUCGCACUGGACGGAAACAGCUUCAAUCCUCCUCAGAAAGUUCCUCUCACUAUCAUGCCUAAAAUUGGCUCUCCUAUGGCGGCAACUGCGGAACAAGAUGAAGCGACUGGCGUAGUUAUGAUCAACCUCUUCUAUCUUUCUGGCGAACACAAUAUCACCAUGUCAGCUAUCACUUGUGCAUCAGGUUCUGCGAAAUGCAACACCAUCUCUAAUUGCCUGCUUCCUACCAACAUACCCGUGAAUGAGUACACCGGCCUCUCAGCGGUCAAUGUCAAUGACUCUGAAGACUGGAGAGUCUAUUAUCACGACAACUAA